UAUGGUUGUUCCCUAACGAAAACAAAACCGUGAACAAAAUGUCCAGGAAAAAGGGAUUGAGUGUGGAAGAGAAAAGGAAUCGAAUGAUGGAAUUUUUCUACGAGAAGAAAGACUUUUUCCAGCUGAAAGAGCUGGAAAAGCAGUGUCAGAAGGAGAAAGGGAUCACAUCAAUGUCAGUGAAAGAGAUACUGACAAGUCUUGUCGAUGAUGGAAUGUUGGAUACGGACAAGAUUGGCACCUGUGUCUAUUUCUGGGCCUUCCCAAGCAAGGCCAGUCAAAAUCGAAAAAGAAAAAUAGACGAUCUAAGUCAAAAGAUCGAAGAAAGCAAAAAGAAGCAAAAAUCUGUGACUGAAAUGGUUGCCAAAGCAAAAGUUGGAAGAGAGGAAAAUGAGGAGCGAUCAGAAGUUUUAUCUAUGUUGAGGAAAAGAGAAGAUGAGAAAAAACAGCUUUUAGCAGAAUUAGAGAGGUAUAAGGAAUGUGAUCCAGAGGUGCUGGAAGAGAUGAAACAAGAAACAAAGAUAGCCAAGGAAGCUGCAAACAGGUGGACAGAUAAUGUGUUCUCCAUAAAAUCGUGGAUCAAACAGAAAUUCGCAUUUGAGGAAUCAGUGAUAGACAAACAGUUCGGUAUCCCUGAAACCUUUGAUUACCUUGAUUAAGUUUGUAGAGGACAUAUGUGUUCACCAACCUGACAGUGCUAUGGAUACUGGUAUACUAGUGUAUAGUGCAUUGGUGCAUGGUGAACUCUUCUUAGCCAUGCUAUAACUUUAUUAGUACAUAUGUACUGUAUUCUUCAACCAUUUCGUAUAUUUGCAAGGUGUUUAUUUAAGCAUUUGCUGAGUGAAUUAGUCAGUGUUGACUGAUAAAAUUGUACUUUUUGUAGAUCCCUGAAAAUGACCAAUCCAACCAAUGUAGUUUCAUCCUCAAGUUGUCCGCAACUUGCAUAAAUUUCAUAUGUGAAAUGGUUGAGGAAUUAAGACGUGCGAAAGCAACACGAUUUGUGA